GUGAGUGAUUGGUGGGAGGAGUACAUCUACCUUAGAGGCAGGAGUCCCAUCAUGGUCAACAGUAACUUCUACGCCAUGGAUCUGCUGUACGUGACUCCCACACACAGACAGGCAGCUCGGGCAGGGAAUGUUGUUCACGCUAUGCUGCAGUACCGCCGCAAACUAGAGAGAGGAGAACAUGCACCGUUGAGGGCUCUGGGGGUGGUGCCCAUGUGUUCUUCUCAGAUGGAGAGGAUGUUCAACACCACACGUAUCCCUGGUAUAGAGACAGACUUUGUUCAGCACCUGAGUGACCGGAAGCACCUGGUGGUGUACCAUAAGGGCCGCUUCUUUAAGGUGUGGCUGUACUACGGGG